AUGGCGCAAUUUUUCCGCCUGGUGACCGCGAUGGCCGCGAUUGGCGCGGCCAGGGCUGUGAAGGAGCUGUAUAGCCACAAGGAAUACCAGGAUUUAAUGAAGGAGGCUGGCAACAAGCCGGUCAUCAUCGAUUACUUCAGCGAGUCCUGCGGCCCGUGCCACAUGAUUGCCCCGGUCUUCCGGAAGGUCUCCAAGGAGUUCUCUGGCCGGGCCUACUUCCGAAAGGUGGACGUGAAUCGAAAUUCACAGACGGCGGGGGCCCAGGGCAUCCGUUCUAUGCCCACCUUCCAGUUCUGGCUGAAGGGUAAGAAAAAGCACCAGUUCUCCGGCGCCGACGAGCGCUCACUGCGGGAGUGGACGAGGAGGCUGGUCGAGGAGGCGGAGCGGGACGACAUCGAGGUGACGCGGGAGGCCCUCGAGGAGUUCUACAAGAAGCACGACCCUGCUAAGGCCACUCCCGAGAGCCUCGAUAAGAUCAUGGAAAAGAACAAGAAGGACUUCGCGACCAUGGUGAGGCUUUUGAAAAAGAAGUACGGCGAUGCUCCACAGACGCAGAAGCCCAAGGGCAACAAGAAGCCGGAAAAGGAGGAGAGCCCCAAGAAGGAGAAGGAGGAUUCCAAAGGCGGGAAGCCAAAUUUGGCGGCAGCUUCCCUCGAGGAUUUGAGGCACGAGCUGGAGAGCCGUGAAGAGGAGGCUGCUGUGGAGCACCUGGAGGAGGAGGAGAGGCGGCUGACCAACAACCCGUGCAGCCUGAACCGUAACAGGACGCAGGGGGCGGUGGAGAAGGUUGUCAUCAUCGGAGGUGGACCUUCUGGCAUGACUGCCGCGAUAUACGCCGCACGGGCGAACCUGUGCCCCCUCGUCAUAGCGCCCAGCCUGGGCGGCCAGCUGAUGGCCAAGGGUGUCGACGUGGAGAACUACCCAGGCAUGCCGCGCGAGAACGGCGGCAAAAUGAUCGAGGUGAUGAAGCGCCAGGCUCGCAGCUUCUUCACCGAGGUCUGGGACGACGCCGUCGUCGGCCUGAACACCACAACGGCCCCCUUCGAGAUCAUGACGAACAAGUCCGGCCUGAUCAGGGCGGCCACGAUCAUAGUCGCCACGGGGGCGGACAGCCGGUGGCUGUGGGCCGAGGGCGAGUACGAGUACCGCGGCCACGGCGUGUCCAGCUGCGCGGCCUGCGACGGCUACCUGUUCAGAAACCGGCCCUGCGCCGUGAUCGGCGGCGGCGACACCGCCAUGGAGGAGGCGCUCAUGCUCUCCAGGACGGGGAUCUGCUCCUCCGUGGAGCUCAUCCACCGCCGGGACUCCUUCAGGGCCAGCCUGGUGCUCCAGCAGCGGGUUCUCAGCAAUCCCACCAUCAAGGUGCGCUGGAACACCGUGGUCACAAGGUACGUCGGCAAGGAGGUAGAGGUGGAGGGCGGCGAGCGGCAGAGACAGCUGACACACCUGGAGCUCCAGAGCACCACCAGCCCGGACGCUCAGCCUGACACGCUCCCGGUGGACGCUGCCUUCGUCGCCAUAGGCCACGACCCCAACACGGGGAUCCUGAAGGGGUUGGUGGACAUGGACGACAGCAAUUACAUCACCGUGGCUGGGAGGUCCACGCGCACUUCUGUGCCGGGCAUCUUCGCCGCGGGCGACGUGGCGGACCACACUUACAGGCAGGCGAUCACGUCGGCCGGAUCGGGCUCGAUGGCGGCGUUAGAUGCCGAGAGGUAUCUGUCGGAAAACCCCAUAGACGAGGAGCACACGUGCGUGCAGCAGGAGGACGACUUUUCCACGUGGUCGCUGAAGGACCUGAGAGCACAGAUCAAGCUGUUGGGCGUCAAGUGCGUGGCGUGCUCAGAGAAGCAGGACUUCGCGUCAGCCUUGAUGGCGGCGUAUUGA